CCUGCGUGGAAGAAACGGGCUGCAAAGAUAAGGCCCCAUGGUCUGUCUGCCUCGCCUUAUAGCAGACUGCCUGGCGGGCUGGCUGUGAAGAAGAUGAGCAAUGCAGAGUUUGAACGACGCUACCCAUCUGCCCCGCCGCCUCUGUGAGUGCUCGCAAUGGAUCGGACACGGUCUGUUGAUCAAACUAUGUUCCCGUGUAGCACGCCAGAUCUCACCGCCAGCCAGAGCCUCUCUUCAUCUACGCCACGUUCUCUCUCCACGAGCUUGCCGCGAUCCUCCUCAUUGACGCUCGAACCUGCUGAACCUGCUCCUCGUGACCUCUCACCACGUUCUCGCCGACAGCUGCGCUACCACCGUGCGCAGGCUGCCGUGUCUUCGUCUCUGCAGCACAGCCUCGCCGAGCCUGCACCGGUCGAUCAGCAAAUCCGCGCUCUCGAGCGCGCAACGGCCAUGCUGGGCACGCAGGCGCGAGAGGCCAAGGAGCAGGCUGCGAGGCUGCGCGAGUGCCUCGCAGACCGCGCGAAUAGGGAUCCCACGGAGUUUGAGACGAUGUUGCGCGAGCGGUGGCUGGCGGCCAAGCGGGAGGCAGAGAUGAACGACGCGGUGCGUGUGCUCGAGGCAUCGCUCGCGACUCUGCGGGAGACCGGCCACGCGCGCGCACGCCUCGAGGAGGGAGACGGAGGAGGCCCGCGGGUGUCGCCGCGGAAGCAGGCUCAGGCGCAUGCGAACCUCGCACUAUUCUUGGAACGGGCGGGCACGCGGGUCCCGCUGGCCUCGCGGCUCGCGCCCGGCCAGCACGUUGUCGCCGCCGCCCAGCGCCGCAAGACCAUGUCGCGCGUCCACUCCCUCCGCCUCCGUCACUCCGCGUGUGUCCUCGCCUUCCAACUAGGCAUGCCUCACCCGGCCUCCCCGUCCGCCCGCCCCCUCAGCCCCGCCGGCUCCCACUCAUCCAGGUCUGCGUCUGCCUCCCCGUCGCGGUCGCCCCGGACGCCGCUUCCGUCCGACACGCCGUCCAGAAGCCCCCUCGCGAGCCCGCGCUCGCCCAAGACACCACCGAAGCACACCUCGCGGCUCCUACCCCUCCCCCCUCCGCCUCCGACUCACCCUCGAGUCCGUGGGCAGGCGGCUUCGCAGACAUCCUCCUCCCCGGCUCGCCCCGCUCGCGCGCGGACAUCCUCUCCCAGGCCGAGGCCGACGACCCCGGCGUGCCCGCCUACGCAGUCGACCUCCUCGACGCGCUCGUCGCCAGCGAGCUGGACGUCUCCCUCCGCACACCGGCCUUCGCCCACGGGCCGCCCCCGCGCACCCCGCCGCGCGCGCGCCACGAGAGCGAGUCGUUCGGGACCGCCGCCGCGCGGAUCCUCGCAGACACCUCCCUCCCGCCCUCGCCGCGCGCGGGGUCCCCCGCGCCCUCGCGGUCGCCGGCACGCGACAGGAGCACGUCGGCGACCUCGAUGCCCGCGUGGAUCAACGUGGCGAUCCCCCGCCCGCGCGCGAGCGCGUCCAAGGCGGGCGCGGGCCCGUCGAACGCGCAGAGGAUCCGGAGGAGCCUGCACCUCGGCGGGCUCGGCGCGUCCAAGUCGAACCCGAACAUGAAGGCGGCCGCCGCGGCGCACGCGCACGCGCACAGCAGGCUCGGCUCGGGCUCGCCCCUCCGGAGCGCGCUCGCGCAGACGUCCAGCUCGCUGUCGUCCGUCCCGGAGAGCCUGGCGUCGAGCACGUCGGACGACGAAGACGGCAAUGGCAACGGCGACGGGGAGGCGGAGGCGGAGAGGAGGGGGCGGGGGAGGAGAAAGGCGGGCCGCGCGGAGGACGCGAGGAUGGCGGAGA